AUGAAGUUCUCCCUCCUUAGUGCCAUUGCCCUCUUCGCGGCGUCGGCCACCGCCCAAACCAACAACGCCAUCGCGGGCAUUGACGACAGCGCUCGUUCGCUCAAGGUGUCUGAUGCCGAAGGCGAUGCCGACAUCAACAUCAACCGCGCUUGUCACGAACAAAACGGCAACUACAUCCCGUCCCUCAAGACAGGAGAGUACUCGACCAGUGCGUUCCACAACUGCUUCCGCACUGUCGCCCAAACCUACGAGUUCACCGAUGCGUUGGUCGCCCAAAACCCGACACUGCUGAGCAAGUUUGCCAUCUCCAAGACGUACAAGGGGGCAACGAUUUACGGGUACAAGUUGUCUAAGGGCCACUCGCAGUCGCUGUACUUUCAAGCCCAGGUACACGCCCGCGAAUGGAUCACGGGGUCGUCGAUUGUGUUCUCGUUGGCGUCGAUUCUGGAUGACAUUGCCAACAAGAAUCCCACGGCCGCCGACGAGUACGACUUGUACUUUGUGCCGAUCGUCAACGUUGACGGCGUCGAAACCUCAUGGGGCGUCCGUCGAUUCCUGCGCACGAAUUUCUUUGGUGUCGACUUGAACCGUAACUGGCCGACUCCCUUCGAGAACCCCAAACCCCCUGUCAAAGGCGACGAGGAUUGGCCCGGACUUUGGCCGCUCAGUGAGUCUGAAAACGAGGGCAUCAAUGAUUGGUUGAAAACCAAGCGCAAUGAAAUCCAAGGUUUCAUUGACUUUCACUCGACGGGGGGGCUCAUCUUGUACCCGUACGCAGACAAUGGCGAGCCCAUCGGCGGGGGAUUUGAUGAGAAGUUCGAAGUCCUCGGCCGUGGAUUGCAAAGCGCCUUGGGGGCGUACACCCCUAAACCGGCGCACAAAGUUUACUUGGCGUAUGGUAUAUUCUCAGAUUACGCGUUCCGCGAGUUCAAAAAGCCCGCCCUGACGAUUGAAAUUAUCGGCAAUGCAUUUAACGUGAACGCGUCGACCAUCCCGAUACGCGGCCUUGAAGUGUACAAAGGCAUCAACCAAUUCGCCAAGGAAGUCACCGUGUUCAAUGGCUGA